AUGGGUUCCUUGUCAGGCUUCACAGAGAUCCCGGAUCUCACGCCCCUCGAGCGUAUCGGACCCAAAGGCUACCUUCGAUAUGUCUUCCCUUUCCAGCUCCCCGAAGAUUACAACCUCGAUCAAGCUGCUUCUAUUCUGCGCGCAGGGUAUGAAGCCGCGCAACAGCGUAUCGCUGUUUUGGGGUGUGAAGCCGUCCCAAACCCAGAUGCCAAGCAAGCCGGCGUCUUGAAGCUUCAGAAACUCCGUCAUGGAGACAUUGAAGGCAUCACUGUCAAGGACCUUCGAGCUCCCGGUGCAUUCCCCAUGACGUACUCGGAGCUCAAAUCCAAGAACUUCCCAGUGGCUUCCUUUGAUGCAGAUACUAUCUGCCGGCGCUCGGUAUGGGCAACACCAGACGAAAGGCUGCCCGUAUCUCUUCCGCAAGCCAACUUCAUCCAAGGGGGCCUGAUUCUAUCCUGGUGCAUCUUCCACAUGUUUGGAGACGGGAAGACAUUCCUGAUCUGGACCAAGAUCUGGGCAGAAGAGUGUCGCAGAGCCCAAGGCCUCGAGAUCAUAGACCCUUUCAAGCUGGAUGAGGCGUUCCUCAGAGACCGUCAACGCAUCAUGAGCCCAACCGGCAAGAACCCGGGCCGUGCUGAAGACCACCCAGAGUACACCAUCAUCCCCUUCACACCCGAGGGCAUGCCGCCAAAGAUCCUUUCCGAAGAUCACCGCGGCCAAAUCUUCUACUUCUCGCCCGAGGCCCUGGCCAGACUCAAGGCCGAAGCAUCUCCAGAAAAUGUAACGGAACCCACGAAGCAGAGAUGGGUCUCCACCAACGACGCGCUCUCGGCGCUGCUCUGGCGUACCGUCAUGGCGGUGCAGUCACCCCUCGAAACCCUCGAGGGCGACCCGGUGUCAGUCUUCAACAUCGCCAUCGACGCUCGCCUGCGUACGGACCCGCCGGUGCACCCGGAGACUAUGGGCUGCUUCCUCGGCUACGUGGCGGCUUCGGCGCCGAUCCGCAAAAUGCUCGGCUCGGCGUCCCUGGCUGACUUGGCGAUUCUGGUUCGUCAGGCGUUGAUUCGUGCCGAUAGCCAGUUUGUCGAUGAUGUAGCUACGCUCAUUGACACGGUGGAGGAUGUGAACCGUAUCAUCCCUACGGCUCUCUUGGAUGUGCCCGGUAACAACUGCAUUCAGACAUCAUGGGUCAACUUCUCCCUGUAUGACGUGCAGUGGGGACCGGUGCUGGGCGACACGAUCCAGGCCGUUCGCGCGCCGCAUGUUGGUGUGAUCAACGGGUUGCAGGUCGUCAUGCCUAUUUUGCCGGACGGUGGGAUGGAGAUCCUUGUGGGUGUUGAGAAGAACUGCUUGGACAGGUUGUUGCAUGAGCCAUUGUGGAUGAAGUAUGCAGAGACGAGGUAA